AUGACUUGGGAAGAAACAGUGGAUAAAAAACGAAAAGCGUUGCUCGCACUUAUUCCUGAUCAAUGGCGUAUUCGAAGUGAUCAGCUACCAGCCGAAUCUCAACGAUCUGUUAUUUCAUUUGUUGAGGAAAGCAAUUUGCUGACUGCUGAAGAAUUGACUAUAACUAAGUUAAACGUACAACAACUCGCUGGAAAAAUUGCAUCAGGUGAAUACACAGCUGCACAAGUUUGUCAAGCAUAUUGUCACCGAGCAGCUAUUGCUCAUCAAUUAGUGAAUUGUCUUUUUGAAAUAUGUUUCGAUGCCGCACUGGAACAAGCAAACAAACUUGAUGAAUACUUUCAAAAGCAUGGAAAAACCGUAGGAUUACUACAUGGUGUGCCUGUUUCACUCAAAGAUCAAUUUCGUGUCAAAGGACUAGAAUCAAGUAUUGGUUAUGUUAGUGGCUUGGGUACAGUAGACGAAGAUGAAAGUAUAGUCACCGAAUGUUUACGAAAAGCAGGUGCUAUUAUUUAUGUCAAGACAAGUGUUCCACAAUCGUUAAUGAUUGGAGAAACAGUCAAUAAUAUUAUUGGACGUACACUCAAUCCUUACAAUCGAUUACUUUCAUGUGGUGGAUCAAGUGGUGGUGAAGGUGCACUUGUUGGAUUUCAUGGAAGUCCAUUAGGUAUUGGUACAGAUGUUGGAGGAUCAAUUCGUAUACCAUCUGCCUUUAAUAAUUUAUGGUGUUUAAAACCUAGUAAUGAAAGACUACCCAUGGGAAAAUUGAAGAAAACUGUCGAUGGAAACGAAUCAAUCCCUUCCAUUUGUGGCCCAAUGGCACACAGUGUUGGUGAUUUAGCUUAUUUUAUGCAAGCAUUUUUACAACAGGAGCCAUGGAAGUAUGAUCCAAAAUUGAUUGACAUACCUUGGCGCGAGACAAGAUAUUUGGAGGGUAAAACUGGAAAAAAAGUUUUUGGAGUAAUGGCUGUUGGCGGGAUUUUUGGAUUUGAUGGUAUUGUAAUGCCUCAUCCGCCAAUUCUUCGCGGUAUUCAACAGGUUAUUAUUUCUCUACAGAAAGCUGGCCAUACAGUAGUCGAAUGGCAACCCUACAAACAUAAAUAUGCAACUGAGUUAACUACAGCGAUUCUAUUUGCUGAUGGAGGAGCCGCUAUAAGACGUUCAAUUGAAUCAAGUGGAGAACCUGCCAUUCCAGAUAUUAAACAAUUGCUUGAAUUAAAACGGCCACCUAUUGAUCUUGAGACACUCUGGAAAUUGCAAAGUGAAAAGUAUACGUAUCAAAAAGAGUAUUUGAAUUUUUGGCAGCAACAAUCACAUAUCGACGGAUGGAUUUUGCCUGUAGCUCCACAUACAGCGGUUAAACAUGGUGAUUACAAAUAUUAUGCAUAUACUUCAAUCAUUAAUCUACUAGAUUGGCCAGCAAUGACUAUACCUGUGACAUUUGCCGAUAAAGAGAUAGAUGUCAAGGAUAUGCAAUACAAAAGUAUCAAUGAUCUUGAUGCGAAAGUAUACGAAGGCUACGAUGCUGAUAUUUAUGAUGGAGCACCUGUAGGAAUUCAGUUAGUGGGAAGAAGACUUCAAGAAGAAUAUUUAGUUGGCUUAGCUGAACAGAUUGGUCAAGCUUUAUUGGGCUAA